AUGGAUCACGAGGAAAUAAGUUGGACGGAUGCACGAGAUUUAUUGAGACAAUGGAGAGAAGAAAAUGUAAGAAAAAGCAGAGAUAUUGUGCAUUUAUGGGAACAUGUUUUAGUACAUAAAGAGCACAAAUUGGGAGAUGAAAGAUUUAUUAUUCUAGAGCAAGUUUGUAUUGCUGCUGCAGAUGUAAAUAGAAUAGAUUUAAUAGAUCAAUGUUUAAUUAGUUUGCAUAAUGAAUUUCCAGGAAGUUUAAGAGUUAAAAGAUUACAAGUUUUGAAACUGGAAUUAAGCGAAAAAUAUGAUGAGGCAUUAAAAUUUUUGGAUGAAUUAUGUAAAAUUGAUGAAACCAAUCCGGCUCCGAGAAAAAAACGAGUGGCAAUUUUUAAAAGCAAAGGAAAUAUACACGAAGCUAUUAGGGAAUUAACGGAAUAUUUAAAAAAGUUCAUGAGCGACGAAGAAGCAUGGCAAGAAUUAAGCGAAUUAUAUUUGUUGGAACAAGAUUAUGCGAAGGCAGCUUUUUGCAUAGAGGAAGUUAUUUUAAUUAAUCCUCAUAAUCAUCUUUAUCACCAAAGAUUUGCCGAUAUAAAAUAUACACAGGGAGGAUAUGAUAAUUUGGAAAUUGCAAGAUCGCAUUAUUGCCUAGCAAUUAAACUUAGUCCGAAUAAUAUAAGAGCUUUAUACGGACUUUUUUUGUGUGCUGCUAACAUAGCUGUGAAUCAAAAAACACAAUCUCAAAAGAAAAAAGAAUCGAGUAAAUUGGCAGCUUGGGCUUUGAAACAAUUACAAGGAAAAUAUUCGGAAAUGAGUUCUUUGAAAAAUUGCGUGAGUUCUUUGGAAGGUCUUAUGACUAAUCUUCAAAUAACAUCUCCUUAA